CCGAUACCGGCGGGUGUGCGCGAGGCCCUGGCAAAGGAAUAUGACGAAGGGCUAAUGACGAAAAAGAAACAAGGUUGGCUCGCUUUAAUCUUAGAAUUCUGCCUUGAUAUUGCGAGUUCUGACAAUAACGUCAGAAUUCUGAGGUCAAAGUGAGAAUUCUCACUUCAAAGUCAGAAGUCUGUCUGUCUCCUGUCGAAGAUGGUUUCUUUUCGUGUGUCGGCCGCAUGUUUGGGCUGUCUGUUGUUGCCCAGCGUCUUCUGGUACUUGAUCUUCGAACAGAGGAUGCUGGCCUCUCCCAAACCACCUCAAAGCAAAAGUUCCCCAUCUGUGCUUUGUAAAGGCUGCAGGAAACUGAUUGAGGACGUGUUGAAGGGUUACUCUCAAAGGUGGGAGAAGAGCGAGGAGAACUACCAGAAUUUCACGUCCAAGCUGAGCGACUCGUGUCGAGGGUUCGAGAGGGCCAUCGUCACACAGGCCAACACGCCCGUUGGAACCAAACUCGUCUUCAAUGGCAAAAUUAACAGGACGCUGCGGGUGACGCAAGCCAUCUUCAAAACAUUGAUAAAGGAGCAUCCAUUCUCCAAAGAGGCCUUCGAUACAUGCGCCGUGGUGGGCAACGGUGCCAUCCUGACGGACAGCGGCUGCGGAAAAAUGAUCGACUCGGCGCGGUUUGUGAUCAGGUGCAAUCUGCCGCCUUUGACCGACGGGUACGGCGAAGACGUGGGCGUCAGGACCGAUCUCGUUACAGCCAACCCGAGCAUCUUCUGGGGAAAAUACAACUCUCUGUUGGAACGACGGCGGGACUUGAUGCCAAGACUGCAGAGCUACGGCAAGUCCCUGAUCCUCGUUCCCGCUUUCUCUUUCGCCGACAACACGCAGGUGGCUCUGCGGUUGGCCUACACCCUGGAGGACUUCGACAGCCCCUCUCGCGCCGUCUUUUUAAACUCGGACUACCUGCACAAUCUGUCCCGCUUCUGGGCUGCCAAAGGCCUGAAGUCUCGGCGGCUCAGCACGGGCUUCAUCAUGGCUAGUCUGGCUCUGGAGCUGUGCUCCAACGUGCAACUGUACGGCUUCUGGCCCUUCAGCAACCACCCGCACGGACUCCACGCGCUGAACAAUCAUUACUACGACGACGUCAAGUCGUUGCAGGGGAUCCACGACAUGCCGGCCGAGUUUGACCUGCUGCUCAAGCUGCACAGUCGGGGCGUGCUCAGGCUUCACCUCGGACGUUGUCCACCGGUUGAAGAGUCGUCAUCCAAAUGGAUAACUGAAGCCACUCAUUUACAGUAAACAAAACAAGGAAGACUUUGGAAGUUUGAGCCCGAAAGGUUAUUUAAUACUUGGGAUCUAUUCAACUGGAGUAUGGAGGAAUUCUGAGGCCUUUGAGUGGAAUUAUAUAGUGUUUUUGAAGGUAAAUUACAAUUCACCUUUUGUCUUUUGGGGCCAUUUUUAGAAUCAAAACUUAAGUACGUCAAUGCAAUAUAAUUAAAAUGGGAAAAUCCUGAGAGAGAAGCUGGGCAUUUUUCUUUAGUUUUUAAAAAAAUAAUCAGCUAGCGAUCAACGUCAGGGAAAGGAAAUCAUUUAAUUAUUGUCAAGAUGGCAAAAGCACAGGGCAGAGUUUGGAGCCUUGAAGGACGCCAUACUCUCAUUUGAGUGAGAGUCCCUGAACACAACAGAGAAAAAUCACAGUGGGCAUAGUAAUUAGAUUUGGGGGAUGUCUUUUUUUAAAAGUAAUAUGCAUUAAAACUCCGUUCAAGGUAAGAUUGCCUUUUGUUUUUAAGUUUAUAUUUCAAUUCAAAUCUGUUAUUCAGUCUUUUUUUUAGUACA